GUGUUCAAUGAAGACGGCACGGUGCGGUACUUCAUCGACGCCAGCCAGGAGGACCACCGCAGCUGGAUGACCUACAUCAAAUGUGCGCGGAACGAGCAGGAGCAGAACCUGGAGGUGGUCCAGAUCGGGAACAGCAUCUUCUACAAGGCCAUUGAGAUGAUUCCUCCAGACCAAGAGCUGCUGGUCUGGUACGGGAACUCCCAUAACACCUUCCUGGGCAUCCCGGGUGUGCCAGGGCUGGAAGAGGAGCAGAAGAAGAACAAACACGAGGAUUUCCACGCGGUGGAGACAGGGGCCAGCACGACAGGGCGCAUGCGCUGCGUCAUCUGCCACCGGGGCUUCAACUCCCGCAGCAACCUGCGCUCCCACAUGCGCAUCCACACCCUGGACAAGCCCUUCGUCUGCCGCUUCUGCAACCGCCGCUUCAGCAACGCCUCCCUGCAGCCUCCCUCGCCCGCCCUGCCCGUGCCCCAUCCUGCCUCCCUGGCCCAUCACAUCCCCACCAUGGUGCUGUGA